AUGCCCUGUAAAAUUAGGUUCUUUUCGUUCCUGAUCAGAGGAGGAAAACCAACACCAUUUUUUACCUUUGCAAUGGCUUUUUUAUUCUGUGUAGUCAAUGGUUAUUUACAAGGAAUAUAUCUUCUCUUUCACGCCCCACGGGAUGACCACAAAUGUGUUACAUCACCACAGUUAAUUACAGGUUUGGUCAUGUUUUUCACUGGUAUGGUAAUAAACAUUCAUUCUGAUCAUGUUUUAAGAAAUCUGAGGAAACCAGGUGAAACUGGAUACAAGAUACCUCGUGGUGGAAUGUUUAACUAUAUCUCAGGUGCUAAUUUCUUUGGUGAGAUUUUAGAAUGGUGGGUAUUCUUUAUUUUAUGUCCAUCAUUACCAAGUUUAGCCUUUGCUGUUUUUACUACUUGUAAUAUCGGACCACGUGCUGUACAGCAUCACAGAUGUUAUAUACAGAAGUUUGAUGACUAUCCAAAAAACAGAAAAGCCGUUAUACCUUUUAUUCUGUAGAGAACG